CUUACGGCGUCGUAUUCCCAUGUAACACGGUAUACCGGGGAUCAAAGUGAUUUAAGUGGUGAAUAUAGCAACUCUUAUCUUCAGUAGUCAAUCCGACGGAGAAAGCUCACUGGUUCCGCCGAUGGCGUUAAUGGCGGUCGCCGUUACAUCUAUUCCAAUGGCUUCUAGUUCUCUCUUUUUCUCUCGUUCUCCAUCGAUAACAACCAUACCCCUUUCUCCAUCUUCGUCAAUGUUUCUCUCUUCAUCUGAAACCACCUCAAUUUCGCCACUGAUUUAUUGCGGAAGAGGGGACAAGAAGACUGCCAAAGGAAAGCGAUUCAAUCACUCCUUCGGGAAUGCGAGACCAAGGAACAAGAAGAAAGGGAGAGGACCACCGAGAGUGCCUGUUCCACCAGCUCCACCAAGGAAGGAUCGAUUUGACGACGGUGAAGUUGUCAAAAUUGAGAUCGAUGAGUCCCUCUUCUCCAGCUAA